CCAAAAUGUGGCACUCAGCGCGUUCCUGACCGUGUGAAUUCCUCGCGUUUCGUUCACAGGCCAGCCUCGCCUCGACGUCCCGGGCGGUGCACCUGUGAUGGGAAAUAAAACGUCUUCGCCACAGGCGGCCCCGGCGGGCGGAGACCCCACCGCGGGCACGUGGGUGACCACCAACGGGGAGCAGGUGGAGCGGAGUGUGUACAGGGGCAACGCCGCCCCCGCCCGCCCCGCGCUCAAGGCGGCUGGCGCGGAGCCGUCGGUGCGCCGUGGCGUGGCGUUCUCAGGUCCGGUCGACGGAGAGGCCGACCACCACAACCACCACAACCACCACCAGACCGAGUCCCACCCACUGGAUCUGGAUGCCGCCUACGAUGAUGAGGCCCUGGACCGAUCUGUGUCGUACUACGAUCACGAGUACGACAGCGCGACGGAAGAUGAAGAUGGUGUACGGCAGUACGGCGAUGAGCCCUACGACCCGGACGACCCGCUGCGGCGGGAGUACGGUCCGGAUGGGGGCCCGGGGCCGUGGGGCGAGGCGGGCGAGGGUGGGGAGUACGGCCCCAUGUCGCGCACGACCACGGGCGCCACACACGUGUCCACCAAGAGCAACUGGUCCAGCCGGGUGGUCACGGCGCUGCGCGGGCUGCUGCCUUCCGGCGUAGCCACAGACUCCAAGCUGGCGGAGGCACGGCGCAACGGCCUCACGCGCCGGCCCUCCGUGCUCGUGUACACAAACCGAAGGCCGCCGGCGCACGCGCGCGCCGAGGAGCGGAACUGGUGGUUCAAGGUAAAGGCAGCGGCCAACGGCGCCGCCGGCGUCAUGAGCGGCCGCUGGGGCGGCGUCAGCGGCAAAUUCAGCACAGCCGGCGGCGGCGGCGGCGGCGGCGCCAGCAGCGGCACCGCCUCCGCCGCCGCCAGCAGCCGCUUCCGCGGCGGCGGAGGAGGAGCCAGCAUCAACUCCCGCGCCAACCGCAGCUUCCGAGUGGGCGGCAGCGUCAAGGGCGCGCCGGCGGUGGCGGCGUCAACAAGCAGGCUGGCGGGGCCGUCGCCCUCGUCACGGGCGGUCAGCCUCAGCCGUGCCGCCGCCGCCGCGGCGGCGGCUGCCGCCGCCGAGGACUCGGAUUCGGAGGCAGGGUCGGAGGCGGCGGCGGCGCUGCCGCCUGCAGACCGGUCUGUCCGGGGGGCUGGUGGCGGCGGCGCCGCCAGCAGACACGGCAGCAGGGGCCCGGGACAGGCCGGGACAGGCGGGCUGGAGGCGGGCAGCAGGUCAAUGCGCGGCACCAUGCGGCAGCACGCCGCGGCCGCCGCCGCCGCGUCGGCGGUUGCGGAUGUGGACGGGCAGGAGGAGGCGGCGCGGGUGGGGCGCCCGAGGCCAGUGGCGGCGGCGGCGGCGGCGGCGGCGGUGCCUCGUCCCUCGAAGGCGGCUGCAGCUGCUUCUGAUGCCCGUGCCAGGGUGGGUGGGGUAGCGGCGGGCGAGUCCGACGGCGAGCCGGACUGCGGCACGGAGGCGGAGGACGUCAGCGGCAGUGGCCGCGCGACGGCCUCCGGCAAGAGCGCCAGCAGCGCCUUGGAGGGGGAGGACGGCAGCGGCAGCACCGGGAACAGGAGCGGCCGCGGGCGCCAACCGCAGGACCAUGGCCAGCCGCCGGAGCAGGAGCGGGAGCGGGAGCGGGAGCAAGCACUGCGGCUCAAGCACCAGCAGCAGCUGCCGCAGCUGCUGCAGCCGCAGACAUCAGCACCAACAGCUGCAGCGGCUGCGCCGGCGGCGCCACGUGCCCUGCAGGCGCCACAGACCCCGCAGGCGGCGCGGUCCUCCUCCCUGCUUUUGGGAACUUCCGGUGGCACCUGCCGACCCGCCGCCACCGCCGCCACCGUGCUGGCCGCCGCCGCCGCCACCAACGCCGCGGUCCGCUCCAGCCUCCUACUGGGCGGCGGCGCCGCCGCCGCCGCCGCCGCCAGCGCCAGCGUCAGCGGCGGCAGUGGCGGCGCCGGCAACCACCGGCCCGUCACGAUAGCGGCGGCGGCGGCGGAUGCUAGCUUCGUGGUUGCUGGACAACAGGGACAAGCGGCGGAGGAAGGGGAGGUCGGGGAUGAGUGGGGCGGCGGCGCGGACCUGGAUGCGGUGGAGAGGGCGCUGACGCAGAGCGGCGUGGCGGCGGAUCAGGCGGUGCGGCGGGCCAGCAUCGGGCUGCUGAGGGCGCACACUGGCCUGCCGGAGGCAACAGCGUCGGCGGCGCCGCCACCCACGCCCUCGGGCCGCGACCGCGGCGGCGGCAGCGGCGGCAGCGGGGGCAGCGCCGCUGGCACGGCGGCGGCAGCUUCACCGCCGCCGUCGCCGCCGCCGUCGCCGGGAGCCCGCGGCGGCACCGUGCGGACGUCGGAGACGGAGGCGUGGCUGCAGGCGCAAGUGCUGCAGGUGCACGGGGGCGGCGGCGGCGGCGGCGGUAGCAGCGAUGCCGCCGGCUGGCGGGGCUGGGAGCAGGUGGCGGCGGCGGCGGCGGCGUCGCGGCCCAUGGCUGUAGCACCCGCUGCUGGCACUGGUACAGCUCUCGGUGUCAGUCCCUUCAGUGGGGUAACUGCUGCUGGAGAUGUCAGUGCUGCGGCCGCGGCUGCCGCGGCGGCGGCGGGUCUGCUCCCCAGCACGUCCUCUCUCUCUGCCGGCAGGGCCACGCCACCCGCGCUGCUACAGCCUUCCGCCUCUAUGGCCUCCAUGCCCUCCGCCCUGUCCCUAGCCUCGCCCAGUGCUAUCAGCUUACACACACAGCCAUCGCUGCGGUCCCCACGCACCGUGGCGGCGCCGGCGGGGGCGCCGGCGGCGGCGCAGCCGUCGCCACGGCUGCGCACGCAGCCCAGUGGCCUCAGCUACUGCACCUCCCCCGUCAGCCCCCUGCCCUCUGCUGCAGCUGCCACCAGCGAUGGCAGUAGCAGCAUGCGCGGCGCGAUCCGGCUGUUCGGGCCAUCGCCCUCAGUCGGCGGCGGCGCCGCCGCCGCUGCCGCCAGCCAGCAACCGCCGUCGCGGCCCAUGUCGCCUAUGACCACCCUCAUUGCGGCCGCUUGCGGUACGGCAGGAUCCGGAUCCAGAACUGGGCUGAGCAGCUGCCAGCAGCUGGCGGCGGCGCCGCCGACGGGCGCCAGCCUGCGCAGGCACGCCUCCACUGGCGGCUUGGAGCCAGUUGCAGCUGCUACUGCCGCCACGUCGUCGCAGGCAGGCGGCGCGGGGCCGGCUGUAGCAGCAGCUGCGCUGAUGGACCCAGAUGCCGAGUUCCUAGCGGCCUUUGAGCUGAGCAUGCGGCCGCCAGCGGCCGGCGGGCCGGGCGGCGGCGGCGCAUGGCGGCCCGGCGGCGGCUACGGCGCCGCCACGGGUGCCGAGGACGAUGAUGAUGACGAGGAUACAGCGCUGAUACAGUUGGCACCUCCGGCGCCGCCGGCACAGCUGGCGGCCGCACCUCUGCGCCGCCCGACGCUCAGCAUCCACACCAGCGACACAGCCGCCGCCAGUGCCGGAGCGCUAGCGGCGCCGCCGCCCGGGUCGCCGCGUGGCGAUGCCAGCGCCAGCGGCAACAGCGCCCUUCGGCGUCUGGUGCUGCCGGCGUCGCCGACGCCGUCGCCACUGCCAUCGCCGGCGCAGCCUGGCGGCGCCGCCGCCGCCGCCACCGCCGCGGGCGCGCCCAGCGGCACCUCCAGCGGCGCCGCCAGUGGUGAGUCGACGCCGACGGGCGGCAGCCGGUCUUUGUACCAGCAGCUGCACCAGCAGCUUCGAGCCAAGCUGAUGCGGCAGCAGCUGUCGCACCACUCGCCGCCGGCGUCACACCGCCAGAAGCAGCACCAGCGCCAUCCCCAGCAGCCGUCGCCGUCGCCGUCGCCUUCUCCGUCGCCGUCGCAGCAGCUGCAGCAGCCAAACACACGAGACGCUCGGGAUGGCACCAGCACACGCCACCACCAACAGCACAUCGACCACUCCUACCACGGCGUCGGCACCAACUACGCCUCGGCUGUAAGGACGGAUGCCGGCUUGGGGCCUAACUCGGCGGGUGCUGAUGCGCUCGGCCUCUAUCGGUUCGGUCGCUCUAGCGAUGCAGCGUUCCCUGACCACCGCAGCCGUGGCUACACAAGUGAAGCUGGCAACGGGCUUGCGGCGGCGGCAAGCGGACAGCAGCUACAGCCCCCGGAGGCGAUGGAGGCGGCGGUGCACGGGCCGCUCGCGCAGUACCGCAGCCAGCCGCAUGACUACAUGCUGCUACUGCCGCCUGAUCGGGCCGCCAGCCCCUUCGCAGCCGCAGCUACUGCCGAUGCCGGCGGCGGGCCGUGCUCCAGCGGCAGCGGCGUGGACAGCGUGGGCGACAGUAGCAACCGCCUCGCCUCGCCGCGGAUGCGGCCUAACGCAUCGAUGCCGCUUCCCGUGGUCGGCGGCGCCGCCGCCGCUGCUGCUGCUACUGCCGCCGCUGCCGCGGGUGCUGCAGCCAUGCCGCCGCCAUCCUACUCGAAUAGCGGCGGUGUCAUAGCGGCUGUAGCUAGCGCAUGGGCGGCGCCGCCAGACCACCUCGCCGCAGGUACGGCUAUCAGCAAGGAGGGCAUGGGAGCUGCUACUGCUGCCGCCGGCGCCGCUGCCGCCGCCGUUGAGGCAAGCGAGGUGGAUGCGUGGCUGGGUGCGGGCUCGCCGGACACCCCUGGGGCGGGCCUUGGCGCGGCAGCGCUGCGUGACGCUGUGUGGCGCCGCCAGCAGCACCCACACCAACACCAGCUCCCCCAGCCCUCACACCUCGCCGUGCAACACCAGCGGCAGCAGCAGCAGCGGCAGCAGCAGCGCCAGGACGUGCUACAGCCAGCGAGCUCCACGCCCAAUCCAGCUGCUACUGCCGCCGCUGGUACUGCUACAGCCGACACGUACACGGAGCUGCGGCGGCCCAGUCGCCCCUACGUUGACCUGCGCGAUGAGGAGCGCCUCAGCCGCAGCCUGCUGCUACAGCCGCCCCAGGCGUCCGCCUCCUUCGCCGGGCACGGCAGUAGCGGCGCCGCCGCCGGCGCGUUCGCUGCUACAGCCGGCGGGCAGGGCGGGCUCGGCAGCAGUGCGGCGUCCUCGGGGCGGCCCUCGAACGGCUCCGACUCCCUAUUUCGCCAGAGCUCGGCGCCCGUGACCAACACGCUGCAGCAGCAGCAGCAGCAGGCCGCGGCGGUGGCUGCCACGGCGGCGGCGGGCGGGCACGGGGGCAUCGGCGGCGGCGGCAAUGCCACAGCCGGUAUCGCAUUGGCUGGGCGGCAGCAGCAGCAGCAGCAGCAGCUGCAGCAGCAGGGUGCAGGGGCAGUUGCUGCUUUGUUUGCUCAUGCCGCUUCCGCAGCUGCACUCGAUUACGUGCGCCCGGCAGCGGUCGCCACGCGCGCCGCCGCAAACACGGUGGUGACCAUCCCCGGGGCACUGGACCGGGCGUCAGUGGCGGCGCCGGGGGUGCUGGCAUGACGGCUGGGCCGGGUAGUGCGUAGGGGCGCGUGGCGUGCGUGUUGGGGUUGUCUGCAGGGAUGUACGGGGUAUUGUUGAGAGAAUGUGCGCGUGCCCGGGUGGUGUGCGUUUUGUUGUCCAUCAUGCAAAGCCUGCACUGCUUGAACUGCUUGAUGGGAACCUGCAUACGCCUGGGAGAUGCAACAACGGGGCUUCUGAAGUUGUGCGAGGCAGGGAUGGCCGGCUGGGACUGGGCGCGUGGGCGUUCCCGUAGCAAGACGGGAUCGGGGCCCGACGCGGCUUUCGUGCUGUACGGAGGGAGAGGGCCCACGGGGAGGGCCCGAGUGCUGUGGAUCUGUGGCACAGUGAGAGGCAAAUUGGCGACUAGAGCGCCGCAUCAGCGCGCAGAAGCAGUGUGCUGUUAGAUGGUAGCAGUGAUGCUUCAAGCGUGGAUUAAUGUCACGUCCAGAAGUGGCGGGAGUGGUCGCCCCAGCCCUGUCCCAUCACACACCCCAGCCCACCGCGCAAGUCAAGUCAAGUCAAGUAGUAUUAUGUAAGGGCUUUGCGUCGGGAACGCUGUAAUCAACAAAAGUC